CCGAGAAUGAAGAAGAACAGCGUGGAGAGGGGUGACGGCGGCGGCCGCGGCGGUCCGAGGAGGGUACAAAUUGCAGGAUCGGCUAUCGGGCGGAGUAAUUAAUUAAAUACAAUAAAGUUAGGUCGACCCUCUCGUAUCUGGCAUCGGCCACUCCUCCUAUCGACCGUCCAACUCUCGCAUUCAGCCGCGUCUUCGGUCCUGAUGCGCGCUCGGAACUCGCGGAAUACCGAGAAAGGGAUACGGUCGUCCGGCACGGCGCGACGACGGGCUGCAAGCCGUUCAUUUUUGUCCCCUUCGUGCUCGACCGACCGUGAGAUUGCGCCGACGACACAACAAAAGUACCCGGUAUUGCGAUGCUUCUACGAAGAUCUACGAGACACUAGCCAACGAGGAGGCCGCAUAGAAUUCUCGUGCGCGACGAAGGAGAAAAGAGACCUUUCGGGCUAUCUGAUAAAGCGGAAUAUUCUGGUGCACGAGAUCGGCGGGGCGCAGGGACGAACCUGGAUGUAAUCUGGACUCGGGAUAUUCAACCUAAGAAUGAACCUGUGAUAAUUUG